GUGAUGCCGUGAAGGUGGUGCCAGACACUGUCCCUGGUGCCUCGGAAGCGAACUUCUCCCGCAUCUAUGCGCGCGAGGAGUGGGGCGCCGACGCCCGGUCGGGAUUGGGUUCGCGUGAAGAAACCACCCGAGAGUUCCGGGUCUUCCUGGAGUCCUUCCUACGUGACCACUCGGUGCGCUCGGUGGUCGACGCAGGCUGUGGGCACUGGCCCUCAGGGUACCAGAGGUUCAUGAACUGGCAGGGCGUGCAUUAUACGGGCAUCGACGUGGUGCCAUAUGUGGUGGCGGAGAAUGCCGCAUAUUUCCAGGAUGGGCACAACCUCGCGACCCACGGGCUUUCCAGUGCUCGGGCUCUCUGCGGCGAUGUCUCCGAGCAGCUUCCGCCGGCGGAGCUUCUGCUGGUGAAGGAUGUAUUGAUGCACUUACCCAACCGAGCGGUGCACAGCUUCCUCGAGAAGAGCGUCAACUCUGCCAAGUACAGGAUGGUGAUGCUCGUGCAGAACGAAGUGCCGCCCGUUGCCAUACGAGACAUGGUGGACAUUGAGCCAGGGCAGCUCUUGUCCUUCGACGUCACCAAGCCGCCCUUCAAUGCGCUCGCCUUCGAGGCGGUCUUCCGCUGGAAGAGCGACGAGCCGAAGGUGGCACAGCUUUGGAAGAGAUGA